AUGGACCCACCUCCUCCUCCUCAGCCUCCACCUCUGUCUGCCACCACAACCACCCCCGCCACCAUUCCCACCCCCACUUCCUACCCAGACUCCAUUGACUCCUCCCCUCGCUCGCGCAACACAGACUCCAACUACUUGGACGACCCACCGCUCCCUCUCUCUUCGAAACUCCGCCUUAUGUGCUCUUAUGGCGGCCACAUAGUCCCUCGCCCACACGACAAGUCGUUGUGCUACGCAGGAGGCGACACCCGCAUCGUCGUCGUCGACCGUCACGCAACUCUCUCAGCACUCUCUUCUCGCCUCUCCAACACACUCCUUAACGGCCGACCCUUCAUUCUAAAAUACCAACUCCCAAGCGAAGACUUGGAUUCUCUAAUUUCCGUCACUACAGAUGAAGAUUUAGAGAACAUGAUUGAUGAGUAUGACCGGACGAAUAGCAACAACGGUUCAAAACCGUCCCGAUUGCGGCUCUUUUUGUUCCCUCUGAAGCCGGAAUCAUCGCAGUCUAUUGAGCCAAUUCUUGAAAGCAGUGUGAAAUCGGAGGAUUGGUUCUUGAAUGCUUUGAAUGGAGCUGCUGCCGCUGGGUUGUUGAACAGAGGCUUUUCGGAUUCUGCUUCGGUAAAUUGUUUGUUGGGUCUUGAUUACAAUGAUAGCAGUGAUGGUUUAAACAAUGGAAAUAAUAGCAAUAAUAACAGCAAUGUUGAUUUAGUUGGUGGUGGUGGUGGUGGUGGUGGUGGCAGUAGAGAUGGGGAGGGAUCGAACAAGGGAGUUGUAAAGCAAGAUGUUCAUUCUGUUCCGGAUUCUCCUAUGUUGGAGACUACGUCGUCGUUUGGGUCGACUUCUUCUUCGCCUUCGCUUGCGAAUUUGCCUCCGAUAAGAGUUCACGUGGAGGAUGGUGGUGGGGUUAGAGAUCAGAAAGUAUCGGCGGGAAUUGAGGAUCAAUUUGCUCAAAUGACUGUUGGCGGCGGCGGAGGCGGCGGUGUUGGGCAGAGGCAGGAUGAUGGGUUUGUGGUUCUGUCAUCACCGCCGCCGAUACCUGUUUCGAUUGCGGUGGCGGGUGUUCCUGUUGGGGGUCAAGUGGUUGUUGGUGAGUAUCAGAAUCGGGUUUUCUCUGAUGAUGAGAGAUCCGACCAUGGGGUUCCUGUUGGUUAUAGAAAGCCGCCGCAACCUCAGACGCAGGUGCAGACUUUUAUUCCUCAGAAUCAACAGAGGUCUGGCAGUGGUGGUGGUGCUAUUGAUUUGCCUUCUCCAGAGUCAGUUUCUAGUGAUAGUAGUCUAAGUAAUGCUAUAAAUCGCCAAAAACCCAUGUUAUAUCAAGAUCAAAUUGUGCAAAUCCCAUCUGGAGCCAACAGGGUUGCUGCUAACCCUGUUGAUUCAAAGAUCAAUACUAUCUCUGAUCCGAACACUCGGGUUCAGAUGCAACAACAGGUUCAGGAUUCUGGGUAUGUAUUGCAACACCAAUUCGAUCAACAUCAGCAUCAGCAUCAGCAUCAGCAGCAACAGCAUCAGCAGCAGCAACAGCAACAGCAACCGCAGCAACAACCACAACAACAGCAAUUUAUACAUGCUGGUGCUCACUAUAUUCAACAUCAUCCCACAGGGGCAGUGCCGAUGUCUGCAUAUUAUCCUGUAUACCCUCCCCAGCAGCAACACCAACAUCACCACCAGCAUCAUCCUCAAAUGGAUCAGCAAUACCCUGUGUACUAUGUGCAGGCAAGGCAACCCCAAGCUUACAAUUUGCCUGUGCAACAACCUAGUAUCAGUGAACCAACAACUACCAUCCCUUCUAGCCGACCUCAAACACCUCCCAAUCCUAACUUGGUGCCUCCUCCCACAACUUUCAAUCCCAUGAGAAAUGCUCCCAUUGCAAAACCGGAAUUGGCUGCUUAUAGAACAGCAACACCAGGCGCACCACAGUUAGUUCAGGUCCCUUCCAGCCAACAUCAACAGCAAUAUGUUGGUUACUCUCAGGUUCAUUACCCAUCCCAGUCUGUUGCCCCCACUUCUGCUGGUACUGCUAAUUAUGGUUAUGAGUUUGCUGAUCCUGCUCAUGGUCAGAUGUACUAUACCCAGCCUAUGGCACCCGCAAUGCCUCAGUACCAAACCAUGACAGCAGCUACUGCUGUAGGAUUGCCAGAAUCUUCUGCCCAGCUUUCCAGUGACAACAUCAAGCAACAGAUCAGAAGUUCACAGCCAAUGUAA